GCCAAAUAGAGAGUCAAGACACCUCAUUGGAGCCGAGCAGGACCUGAACGAUGGCCAGACGCUACUACUCCACAUCGUUCAGAGUAGCUUACGGCUGCCUCUCGAUGUUUUCGAUGUUCGUGGGUAGUCAGGUCGUUCAUUCCUACUACAAACCUUUGCAAUAUUUCGACGAAGAAGUGAGACGCCAGAAAGAACUCAUCCUCGCGGAACGCGCGGCUUCAGCUUCGCGAAGCCCGCCGUCUGCGGAAGCGUGAUGCGGAAUACAGCUGAUUCGCGUUCGAACCUCCAGGGAAUUUCCCCCGACCACUUCGAGCCAACGAAUCGGCGAGAAGCUCUGGAGAGAUGUCUCUCCUACGAAUCGCCUUUGGAGUAGUCUCGAUGGCGCUAUUGAUUCGAGGGCGGGCGGCUACUUGCGAACGUUUCGAUUUUCGCGAGUACUGGAUGUGCCCGGAGUACCCGCAUCUGACAUGCCGCGAGAUCAAGAAGCUAGAGAUCGUGGAGCAGAUUGCCCAAGGCACAGUGAAGAAUGUUUUUUUGGCGAAGUGGAACGACUACCGCGUCGUCCUGUCUACGUUGACUUCGGAAGAAUUCAGAGAAGAUUUUCAUCACAACAUCGCGAUGCAUCAACUCCUCGAUGGGCCGUUCACAGUCCGUAUGCUCGGAUCAUGCGGCGAUUCGAUAGUCACCGAAUACCAUCCUCGAGGAAACAUGUUUUCCGCGAUGCCGUCACUAAACGACACUUUGGAAUUCCGAUUCCCCAUGUGCUUGCAAUAUCUUAGGAUUUUGAAAUUCCUCCACAGUCAUGAGAGGGUGAUGUGCGACUCGAAUAGCUUGCCGAAGAUCCUCGAACAGUUUUUGGUAUCUAAUGAUGGCAGAUUGCUGCUGAACGAUAUGGACGCGCUUCCCCGGAAGCAAAACGGUGUUGUCCGAUGCGGGAAGAGGAUGUUGGACGGCGAGUUCGUCGCACCUGAGCAACGCCUAGAGGCGGGAUACCGAAAAGGCUACGACGAGAUGACCGACAUGUUCAAGGCCCCGCAUGUGUGCGACUUCAUUUUGGGAGAGGCAGAACACGCGAUCUGGUUCAGAUAUUGGCUGUUCGAUGUCAAUAAGCAAUGUAAAUCUCAAGAUCCCAAGCUGCGGCCGAGCGCGAAAAAGCUCAUGCGGGAUUAUCUGGAGGUGUGGGAAGAUUACCAGAAGGAUACUAGGUCCGAAAGUGGUUGGAUUUGAUGUAGUGGACUGACUAUUGAAUAAAUUAAAAAUAUUU